GUCUGGUCUGGUAUCUGAGCAGCGCUUAGUUCUUGGUGGCUUUACGAUGAGUGCUUGUGAUGCUGAUUGUGCGACUGUGCUCUCUUUCUGGGCUCCUCUGGAGGCUGAUCCCAGAUGCCAUGGGGAGAUUAUUCUUCUACGCUUGUUUGAGACCCAUCCAGAUGUUCAGGAGCUGUUCCCCAAGUUUGUUGGCCUUUCCAAAGAGCAGCUGCAGAACAAUCCUGAUGUCCAGGCCCAUGGGGAAAUUGUGGUUUGCAAGCUGACAGAAAUCCUGAAAGCGGAUGGGAAACGCAAGGAAAUCAUCAAGGCUCUGGCAGAAAGUCAUGCCAAGCAGCACAAGAUCCCUCUGGUUAACUUUCAGAUCAUCAGUGAAGUCAUUGUUGCAGUGGUAGCAGAGAAGCUUGAUGGCUUUGGUCCUGAUGCUCAAACAGCCCUGAAGAAUGUGCUGAAGACGUUUCAGAUUGACUUGAGAGCUUGCUAUGAUGAGAUUGGGUUUAAGAAGUAGUUCUAAUUGUGGUUUGUCAACUCUCGAUCUGCUUUUGAGCUCUGGUUUGAAUAAAUUCUUAAAGCUAA